UUUGCAGUCUUCAGUUAUUUGCAAACAGCGGUCGCGGCAAGACUUGUUUCUCUAUCCGUCCCAUCUCGUUGCUCGUUUCCGAAACGAAGUUUCCAUUGUUGUGCCGUACUCGUUUAUUGUUUUCUUUCUUCCGAGAAAAUAGUGUCAUGCAAGGUGUCGUGAAGUGCUGAUCAGUUACAAGUGCGGAAAAAGCAAACAAAAUUGAGAGCACCAACAAAAAUUGCAAAGUGCAGUGAUUUCAUAACGAAAAAGCGGUUGUUCAUGCUUACAAGGAAGUCGCCGUGAAAUCACUUUAAAAGAAGAAGUUUACUUAAACCAGGAGUAUCGCUUGCGAAUAUCAUCCGGUGACUACGCGGCAAAUAAUCAAUCGCAGUAAGUUCCGGAUCACAAAUCGUCAAUCAGUGUCAGUGCCAAAUCCGAUCGACAACUCACGUGUAAACGAAACAGCGAGAAGUGCGCCAUCAGUCGAAAAGUGGUGCGUGCGGUGGCGAGAGCGAGUGCAGUGCCAGGCAGUGGUGAAUCAGCCAGUAGUCAGUGUUUGCGGUGCGGUACCAGAAGAGCCAUCAUCAAGGUGGAAAAGAUCGGGUGACAGAGAACAACUUUUUUUUGUAGCUGGCUGCAACAAGUAAGCGUGCCCCCCGGACCCAAUAUGGCGACACAAGGCCCGACAACGACGGUGACGGCGAUGGCCGGAGCCACCCCCGCCGGUAUGACAUCAAGGCUUGCACAGAUGCAGAUGCGCUUCCAACAGCGCCAACAACAGGAACGGGAUCAACGCAAGGUGGAAAUGAUAUCCACCACGAAAGCCACGGCCGCCUCGGUAGCAGCGCAACAUCACACCGCCGGAAGUAACGGCAGUAGUAACACCGUCCGUACCUCGACCAUUAGCGCGUACUCGACUACAACGACCUCCUCCACAACCUCAACGGGCACCGCCGGUGCCGGGGGUGACCUCUCGGCGUCGCUCGGAGCGGGCAAGGUGCGACAAAUGUUUGACGAGCGCCGCCACCACCGGGUAGCCGGAAUCGACAAAAGUUACCCGCUGCAGCCGAUCCAACAGCAGCAACAGCAGCUGCAGCCAGCCGGGAAGCCCACCGUCAACGGCAGUAACGUUUCCAACGGUAACCCGACUAAGGGGACGGCCGCAGGUCUGAAUAACAAAACACGUGUCCCGCCGAUUUCGGCCAACACGAAAGCGCGCCUCGCAAUGCAGCAACAACGACCACAGCAGCAAGAAAAUGGAAACCACGUGGAGACCUUGAAAGCCGCUUCCUUCGACGACAACGAGAACCUAUUGGAUGACGAGAAAUUUCCAGAUACUAUUUCAUUCGACGAAGACAUCACGCUGACACCAACGCCCAUUCCCCGGAAGCUUCCAAAUGUGGGAAAACUCAAUGGCCACCACCAGAACGUCAACAGCCUUAAACUGAAGCCCGUUCCAGGGAGAACACCCACAACGACCCCCACUGUAACUGCUAAGGCCAGUAGCAGUGCGACGAAGUCUGUGCCCAAAAAGUCUCCGGCUAUGGCGAGUUCAUCAGCUCCAGCACAAUCAUCGAGCAGCCCUUCGUCAGCAAACUCCUCCAAAUCUUCUGCAUCUCGGACGUCAACUGGCAAACCCCUUGCCAGGCCAAGUCGGAAACCAUCGACCGCUUCAUCAGUCGUAUCAACAACAUCCGCAGCCUCUAAUCGAUCCUUAAAAGAGGAACCCGUGCCGGAUGGACUAGAGCGAUGCACUAUCUGUGGACGGAACUUUGCUGAAGAUCGUAUUGGAAAGCACCGGGAGAUUUGCCAAAAAACUAAAAACAAGAAAAGGAAGGUGUUCGACACCACUAAGCACCGAGUGCUGGGAACCGAAGCGGAGAAAUACGUGCUGUCCAAGAAAAAGGUUGGAGCAGGGGCGAGUAAGAAAUCCAUUUCCGGAAUGUCAACUACUACCAAGGCAACUGGCGCAACCGCAGACAGCCGUCGUAAGAGCGACUGGCGCCGCAAGCACGAGGAAUUCAUCCAGGCCAUCCGUGCGGCCAAGGAAAUGCAAGCCCACUUGGCCAAGGGCGGAAAGCUUUCAGAUUUGCCACCGCCACCGCCAUCGGAGAACCCGGACUACAUCCAGUGUCCGCACUGUUCGCGCCGUUUCAAUCAGACCGCUGCUGAACGACACAUUCCGAAGUGCGCCACCAUGUUGCACAACAAGCCGAAGCCGACCGCGAAAGCGAAGCGAUUCUAACCGCGUACUGACGCACUAAUCAGUCAGCAUCCAUUUGUUAUGUAACGCUAAACAUACGAAUUUCCAACUCCUUUCUCCCUGAAUACUUUUUUAUGUGAGAUUUCCAUUUCCUUCUAAUGAGCCAUUACGUUCCUGUGAAACUCUUUCCAAUUCUUUGGUUUUAUGUAACUCAUGGAUGGCGUCUCAGCAAAAUCCACGUAACUCCUCCACAUAAGAUGUAUAUCUAAUAGCAAAUAUUAUUUGUAUUUUUAACAUUUUUCUGCUGUGACACGAAUGCCUGUAUAUAUUUAAUAAUCAUCUCAUUGAGAAAAAAAUGCGAAAAAUCAAGUCUUGUAUUAAUAAGUAUUAUUAACAGCUCCUAUAUUUCGAACGAAGCCGAAAAGCGAAUGGCUGAUUGAUAAUAAAGCUACAAUUGAAAGAAUAAAA